AUGGCAGCCACACCUGAAGAACGGGCUGCUAUCUUCCCGUACCUCCAGCAAAGCGUCAUCGGGCCGAUGCCUCAAUCCGAUGCCGCAGACUGGUUGGAAGGUCUGACUCUUUAUUACAAGCCGGAUUUACGGCAAGAUCUGAAGCAUGUGGCCUUCGAGAUGAAUGACAGGGAGCUUGUGUUAAUGUGGGAUGUGCCCUACCUGUGGGGCAUGUACGUCGUGCCUGCAUCAUGCAACAGCUUGCCGCCGUACACGUUUGGGGAGUGGAGACUUGAACUGGCCUAUGGAAUAAUGGCUGCGUGGUUGAUGGCGAUGUUGAUGUUAGGGUCGGUGUUGGUGGUGGCGCUGGUUGGUGUGCCAGGGUGGGAGCUGAGGAGGGACGCGAGGAGGGUGGAGGGAUUUUGUUGGGAGAGACAUGAGCUGGAGGAGAAGGCAAGAGAGGGAAAGAAAGGGGGGUGA